GUUCCGGUCCGUCAUCCACUCCCCCCGUCCCCAAAUCCAAACAUUCUCUCUUCUUCCCCUCCGCCCCCGGUCGCCAUCGCCGAUCCACCAUCCCUUCCUUGGCUUGGGCCACGUCUCCCCUUCUCCUCCCCACACAUCAACAACCAAGCCUCCAAAUCCUCCGCCGCACUCCCAUGCCCUCCUCCCAACCCUAGCCCCACCGCACCCCCACUCCAAUCCAUGGCGCUCUCUUCCCACGCCACCGCCGCGGCCGUCGCCACCUUCCCACAGUCCACCCGCUCCUCCUCCUCCUCGCGCCGCCUCCCCGGGUCCUCCGUCUCCCCGCGUCCCCCGCCGCCCCCGCGCUCCCUGCGCCUCGACCACGCUGCGCCGCCCCUCUCCGCCGCGGCCCCCGACGGGCUCCUCGCCGCCGCCAUCGAGCACCUGGAGCGCGAGCCGGCCUCCGCGGCCGCCGACGAGGCCCCGCUGGCCGCUCUGUCGCCGCGGGAGCUGCAGCUCGUGCUCGUCUACUUCGCGCAGGAGGGGCGCGACGCCUACUGCGCGCUCGAGGUCUUCGACUGGCUCCGCCGCGCCAACCGCGUCGACGGCGAGACCAUGGAGCUCAUGGCCGCCAUCGCCUGCGGAUGGAUUGAGCGCCUCGUGGGGGCCGGCGGGGACGUGGCCGACGUCGCCGCGCUGCUCGGGGAGAUGGACUGCGUCGGGCUGAGGCCCGGCUUCAGCCUCGUCGAGAAGGCUGUCGCGCUGUACUGGGACCGCGGGGAGAGGGAGCAUGCGGUCGAGUUCGUCAGGGACGUGCUCAGGAGAGGGGGACUCGGAGCCGGCGCGGGAGGGAAGCACGGCUCUGCCGACGGGGACGGCGAACGGGGAGGGCCCGUCGGUUACCUCGCCUGGAAGAUGAUGAUGGAUGGGGACUAUAGGGAUGCUGUCAAGUUGGUCAUUGAAUUUAAGGAGAGUGGCCUGAAGCCUGAGGUGUAUAGUUAUCUAAUUGGGUUAACUGCCUUGGUUAAAGAGCAAAAGGAAUUCUCAAAGGCUCUGCGUAAACUAAAUUCAUCGGUGAAGGAUGGCUCUAUUUCUAAACUGGAUGCUGAGAGCAUGCACAGUAUUGAAAAGUAUCAAUCAGAAUUGUUAAGUGAUGGUGUUCUUUUGUCAAACUGGGCAGUAGAGGAAGGAAGUAGCGAAGUUCUAGGACUUGUGCAUGAGAGGCUCCUCUCAUUGUAUACUUGUGCUGGUUGUGGCUUAGAAGCUGAGCACGAACUUUGGGAAAUGAAGCUUCUUGGUAGAGAACCUGAUACGCAGCUCUAUGAUGUUGUAUUGGCAAUUUGUGCAUCUCAAGGGGAAGCUGCUGCUGUACGCCGAUUGCUCGCAGGAGUCGAGUCAAGCAGUGCCGGAAGAAGAAAGAAGUCGAUGUCAUGGCUCCUGCGAGGCUAUGUCAAAGGUGGCUUCAUUCUAGAUGCCUCGGAGACACUCAUGCAGAUGCUCGACAUGGGCUUAUUUCCUGAUUACCUGGAUAGAGCUGCUGUAUUGACUGCACUGCGGAGAAACAUACAGGAAUCUGGCAGCCUAGAAUUAUACAUGAAACUCUGCAAGCGACUUUCCGAGACAGAUCUGAUCGGACCUUGUGUAGUGUAUCUUUAUGUCCACAAAUUCAAAUUGUGGAUGAUGCACAUGCUUUAGGGCUUUGAUGAGACCUUUCCAUCAUAUAUCCACAGAUAGCAGGUACAAAAUGUGGGUGAUUCGCAUGCUUUCAAGUCCCUGACGAACAAGGCAGAGAAGCUCCACUACGGUGAACCAAUUGGUACAUAAUUAUGGUUCCCUGUAUAUUUUUGACUGAAACGGAGCUAUAUCGACUAGCUGUUUGUUGUAAGCAGGGCUAUGCUGUACUACUGAACAGAGUACAUAUGGUACAUGUAAAUUUUCUGUGUUACUGUUACCAUAUGGUACAUGUAAAUUUUCUGUGUUACUGUUAUCAUAUGCUGUUGGUGUUGAAAGAUAAUGUACAUUUCUAUUGCGACUGCA